CUGCAGACGAAUACUUCAACAUGCUGUAUUUCCUGAGAGUGGGUGUGCUUUUCUUUGUGGUGGUCUCCUGUAGCGCCCAGUGCUACUUUGAGAGACUCCAAAUAGGAGUUUUACCCCCCCAAGACAAAACGAACCGACCAGAAGGUUGUGUUGAUUCUGAAGGAUCGACUCAUGUCUUUGGCUCUGAGUGGGUCACAACUGACUGUUUCAACUGUGUCUGCUCAAAGUUUGGCAUUAGCUGUUGUAACAAGAUCCCAACAGCGAUUCAACUCCCUGCCGAAUGCCAGUUGGUUGUUGACAAAACCAUCUGCUCAUACACCAUUGCCAUGGCUUCAGACCCCACCAAACCAUGCAUACUCAAAUAACACAAUUAAACAGCGGUAAAA